AUGCUUAGAAGAGCUUUAUUUAAAAGAAAUUUUAGUACAAGACAAUUUUUAAGUGGGAAUUUCACGCAAACCGAAGUUCUAUUAGGGACCACUAUUAGAAGAAAUAACUUUUCUCAAAAACCUCAAAUACGUUUUUUAACUAUUCAUAAUAUGGAUUCAAAUAAAUUUACCUCUUCUUCAUCUAAAGAAUCUACUAAUAAAGUUAUAUCAUUUUAUGAAGAUAAUAUUGCUUUUCGAGAUAAGACUACAAGCGAAUUAAUCCGUUCUUAUACUGUCUAUAAGUUACUUUCUAUAAAAUGGGUAGUAAAUUAUGCAUCAAGCUUGAUCACGAUACCAGAAAAAUUACAUCUUUCAUGGCUUUUUUAUUGGAUCGUGAAAAGAACCUUUUUCAUUCAAUUUUGCGGGGGCGAAACUGAUGAAGAAUGCUUUGACACUAUGACUAAAUUAAGAAAGCAACAAAUUGGAACUAUUCUUGGUCCUUCGAUUGAAACUGACUUAAAUCAAGAUAAAUCUUUAUCGGACUCUGAAAAAGACAAAAAAUUCAAUCAAAUUACUGAUGAGUAUUUAAAUUGUAUUAAAACUGCAUCAAGGCAACCUAACAAUUUCAUCGCUGUUAAAAUUACUGGUUUUUCGGACCCUGAAAUUUUAAAAAAUUUAUCUUUAACUUUGAAUUCUCUAAACGAAGUCUUUGGCCAAUUCGAUAAUGAUCGAGAUGGGAAAUUAGGAAAAUCUGAAUUAAAAAAACUUUUUAUUAAAAUUUUUGGAGAAGGUGAAACACGUCUUAUUGAUAAAUUUUUCGAUAAAGCAGGCUCUAAUGAUGGUAGAUUAAUUGAUAGAAUUGAUUACUAUAAGAUUUUGUUAGAUGAUCAAGAUAUUAUUCAGCUUAUUAUUAGCAAAAGUUCAAUGUUCAAUCAAAAAAUGGUUAAUGAUUUUAAUCAAUUAUUGACUAGGGCUGAUCAAAUAAGCGAAACAGCACGUCAAUUUAAUGUGAAAUUAUUAAUAGAUGCGGAACAAACUUAUUUUCAACCAGCAAUCGAUUACAUAGCAAUGAGAUUAUCUUUAAAAUACAACGAGUUACUUGAUGAAAGCAAUAUUCAAGAUGGUCCAAUCAUAUUUAAUACACUUCAAAUGUAUCUCAAAGAUUCUAUUUCAAGGUUACAGAGAGAUUAUGAAUUAUCACGAAGAAAUAAAUCUGUAUUUGCAGCAAAACUUGUUCGCGGUGCCUAUAUGUUUAGUGAAAGAUUGAUGGCCAAUGAAUCAGGUUACCCUGAUCCUGUACACGAUAAUAUAGAAAAUACGAAUAAAUCUUAUAAUGGAGCUGUUGAGUUUUUAUUAAGAGAAUUGUAUGAAAAUAAAAAAAAUUUGGUAGCUAAAAAUGUUAAUGGUAGCAGCCAUCAUUUAAAAGUUAGAAACAACCCUCUGGAAUUUGUGAUUGCUUCGCAUAAUGAAGAAACUAUAAUUAAAGCUUGUGAAAAGAUAGAACAAUGUGGAAUUGAUUUAAAUUCUGGUGCCGUAUAUUUUGCUCAAUUGUAUGGAAUGUGUGAUCAAAUUACCUAUACACUCGGACAUCUUGAUUAUCCCGUCUAUAAAUAUAUACCAUAUGGAAAAGUAAACGAAGUCAUUCCAUAUUUGGUAAGAAGAGCUCAAGAAAAUUCUUCUGUACUUGAUGGUCGAGCAGCAAUUGAGCAAAAUAUGUUAUGGAAUGAAAUAAUUAAUAGGUUUAAAUUUU